GUUAUCUAGUUAGACAAGCAGGUUGUUCGAAGAGGACGAUGACGAAUUUCCACCAAGAAUUAGUCAACUCAGUCAAAGUAAUCUUUAAGAAAAACACGGUACCGGUACAUGUGCGCGGUUAAGUGAGAGCAUUCUCUGCUGAUGGGGAUAUGACCUUCACUUAACCGUCACAUAGUAUCCCACCAUGUUGAUGAAGAUCUUACAGUACCAUGGAAUCUGGAUGGAGGUGAUCAAUCGAUUGACGUUUGUUGACGACAAAUUCUCCAACGCCCUCAAAUUCAACAACAUCAAACAACACCACACAAAUGUCUCCUCCACUACGCGACCCAACAUCCGACUCCGAAGACGACGACCCAGACUACGCGCCUCCUUCUCACCAAGACUCGGAUUCAGAUAGUUCCGGAGACGAAGAUGGAAAUGCAGAUGCUAACGUGCCGAAUGAAGUAAAAGAAGAAGAUCUAGUCGAGAAGAAAAAAGCGCGUGAUGCUUUAUGGGUCAGUUUUCAGGCGUCAGUCGCCACGCCACCGCUUGCAAAGGUCGUCGAGGAGCCGCCAAAGAAGCUCGUGAAGAUCGAGAAACGUUACCUUUUCGCAGGGAAGAAUAUCGUAGAAGUGGUUGAAGUCGCUGAGGACUCGGAAGAAGCGAAGAAGUGGCCACGGUGGGAUCCGUCAGAGCCUUCGUCUGCUGCUGCACCCGCUCUUGAUUCUUCGUCUUCGACUACCGAUGCGAACGCGACGGCAUUGAGUUCAGAAGCUCCGGUACAAUUUACAGCACAGAAAUCUACUACGAGAAAACCUCCAGGCCCUCGCAAACCUCGCACGUCGUUGGCUGACAUACCCACUCAAAAGGCCAAGAAGAUCACUACUCUAGAUAAAUCUGCAAUGGACUGGCGCACGCAUGUGACGUCUAGUGAUGCCAAGGACGAGCUUGAUGCUAACCGACGCGGAGGUGGUUACUUGGAAAAGAUGGACUUUUUGAAAAGAGUCCAGGACAGAAGAGAGGAUGCGUAUGAAGCGAGCAAGUCGAACAAAAGGCGGAGAACAUGAGGUAUGAGGAAAUGUAUAUCAAGAAUGGUCAUACCUACGUUCACAUCGCAGAUGCUGAGGAAGGUAAUCAAAGAGGGGCAAGAUGGGUCAAGAACUUGAAGCAAUGGACGCGAGGAACUGUUCAAAGAGGGGCGAAUCGCGAAACCGGUAU